CUGCCGCGAAUGGAGCAGCAGAAGAACCCGACCGGAAGCUAAGCCCAGCGGUGGAGCGCGAACGGCGGGAAGAAGGUUUACAACAACAAAACAGGCUCAUGGACCGGUCACCAUUGGUUACAGAAUGGAGCGCUCAGAUUGGAUGGAGCACUCACUGAGGCUCCGCCUCCAGAUCUCCUGUCAGCAGCAUGUCUGAUGAAGGUGACCAGAGGAAGGAUGAAGACUUCUCCAGGAUGUGGGCGGAGCCUGAGCCAGGUCCGUCCAGCAGACAGGGGUACUGUGGCUACUGCAGAGUCCUCUACAGCAACCUGGACCAGCACCUGUCCAGUCUGCGACACCUGGACUCUGUUCGUGCGUCCAACCGGGGAACCGUCUCCGCCGGCAGCAGAGCAAAGCUAACGCUACUGGAGCGCUUCCUGCAGGACGUCCUGAAGCACCACCCGCACAACUACCACUCCAGCCCGUCUCACGCCGACCUGCCGCCAGCCUCCGCCCCCCCGAUGACAAAGGACCAGCUAAACGACGACUGCCGGGAUCAUCUGGGAGAUGCAGAAGGGGCGGGUCCAGAGAGGCUGUCUGCACCAAUCGGAGAGCAGCAGGAAGAAUGUCCCGCCCUCGCAGUGCACACACAGACUCCGCCCCCCGUCCACAGAAAGGCACACAGGAAAACCAACCGGAGGAAAACCAGCAACGCCUCGUGUUCCUCGCAGCCGCACAGGCGUCUAGACCCAGACCCUGGUCCUUCAGUCCCUGGUCCCUCAGACUCUGGUCCCUCUACAAUCCCUGGUCCCUCUACAAUCCCUGGUCCCUCAGUCCCUGGACCCUGUGCAAUCCCUGGUCCCUCUCCAGUCCCUGGUCCGUCAGACCCUGGUCCCUCUCCAGUCCCUGUUCCCUCAGUCCCUGGUCCCUGGUUCCCCUGGCUAAUCUGGCAGAAGCAGAGGAGGAAGGUCCAGAAGGAGGAGGCGUUCUCGUCGGACCACAGUGACUCUCUGGACCGGACCAUUGAGGAGGUGAUCCAGAUGUGUUGCCAUGGUGACACUUCCCCUCGCUGCCCGCAGGAGGAGACGGAGAGCUUCCACCUCAGCCUCCCUGUCUCCAUGGAAACCCAGAGCAAGGACUGGGACUCACCUGUACAGGUGCGCGCCAACUCACCUGUCCAAGUGGGCCAAGCGGGGGGGCGGAGCCUGGUCCAUCUGAUGGAGGCCCAGGUGCAGCUGGAGGACCCGGUCUACUCAGACCGCCUGGACUCCGCCCUCCAGGGGGGCGGGGCCACCGACGGCUUCCUGGCGCUGCCGAUAGACCAGGUGCUGCCGGCGCCGCAGCAUUUCCCAGAAUCCUUCAGGGGAAAGAGCUGGGUGCAGAUCCAACGGGAGGACGAGGAGAAGGUGGAGGACCUGGUCCAGCAGUUCAGACGGGGGGGGUUCCUCUGCUACUUCGACUCAGAGUCUCUGGCCAGGUACGGUCGGAGGAGGAACAGGAAGAAGGCGGAGCCAGACUGCAGCGCCCUUCCCUCAUUGGACGGUGUUGAGGUCUCUGGCUUCAGGAAGAGAAGGAGGCGGGGCUUCAGAGUGGCGUCCAGGUGUCAGGUUGUCAAAGUGAGCCGAAGCACUCAGACCCUGCGAUUGGUCGUCCCGGCAGUUCGUGAGGCCCCGCCCCCCAGUGUCUCAGCAGCCAAUAAGGAGCCAGCUGAGCGGACCCCGGUGGCGCGGCCAUGGCGCUCUCUGCCUGCAUCGUAUCGCGCCGUUGUCACGCCGCUGCAGCCGUGCAGCCAACUGCUCUUCCUGCUCUGCUCACCCUCAGGCCCCGCCCCCCUUGGCACGCUGUCAGGCCCUGCACCCUCCGGCACAACGUCAGGCCCCGCCCACAGGCGCUGCCGCAAGAAGACGCGCCCGCUGGAGCGCCGCGGGUCGAAGGUCACGUACAAACCUCUUCCUUUCAGCUUCUACGAGCCCGGCAGCAACCGUAUCCUUAGCAACGCUCCCAGAGGUGUCCUGCGACCGCGUGGCCCCGCCCCCCGCGGCCCCGCCCCCAUCUGCCCGCCCCCCUGUGUCCGUCAGCUGUUCCGCAGUCUGAGCCCGGACCUGAACGCCGACUCGUUCUCUCUCAGCGCGCUCGGUGACAAACAGGAAGCGGCAAGGAGGCGGGGCCGGGGACCCCCCCCGGCCCCCCGGGGCAGGUCAGAGCGGAGGAGGGGAGGGGGGAGGGACAGGACACGCCCACCUCCCGCCAAGAGAAGAACCAGCUCCCCGGCGGCGCCCAGACAGCCGAAGAGGGACGGUCUGCGGCGGGGGGGGGCGUCAGAGCCCCGCCGGGGGCGGAGCCGCAGGGGGCGGGGCUCUGAGAGGAGGCGGAGCUAGAGACACACAC